GACAACAGCAAAUCAAUAAGUGCUUGAAAUGAAAGGGGCUGCUGGCUAGCCCCCGAGGCUACAGCUUUUCGCACCGCCAGGCUUUUUUUCUUUUCUUUUCUUUUCUUCUCUUUUUUUUUUUCCACCGAACUUCGGGCGCUGCUUUGCGCUGCCUCCCACCAGAAGAGCUGCCUUUCAUCCAGCCCUGCCCGCCGGACGCAGAUAACGGGUAAUGGAGUCCAACUGCCGCAAACUUGUAUCAGCCUGUGUCCAGCUAGGGGUGCAGCCGGCCACCGUGGAGUGCCUCUUCUCCAAGGACGCGGAGCUCAAGAAGGGGGAGCUAAGCGAGGCGCCCGAGGGCCGGAAGGAGGCCGCCGGCAGCAAGGUCUUCGGCCGCCAGCACCCCGGCGCCAAUGGCGCGCACGUAGACUUUGGCGUCCUUUUGCCGAUGAACUGCAUGAAAGACCCGUUAAGCCUGGAGCGCCUGGGAGCCGGGAGUAAGCUGUGCUCCUCCUCACCUUCCUCCUCCUCCUCUUCAUCAUCUUGCCACCACCACCAGCCCGCGCUGGCCAUGGCUACCGCGCUGGCGCCGGGGCAGGCUCGCUCCUCCUUGGAGUCCGCCAAGCACCGGCUGGAGGUGCACACCAUCUCCGACACCUCCAGCCCCGAGGCCGCAGAGAAAGAUAAGAGCCAGCAGAGCAAGAAUGAGGAUGCGGGAUCCGAGGACCCCUCCAAGAAGAAGAGGCAACGGCGGCAGCGGACUCACUUCACGAGCCAGCAGCUGCAAGAGCUGGAGGCCACUUUCCAGCGGAAUCGCUACCCGGACAUGUCCACCCGGGAGGAGAUCGCCGUCUGGACCAACCUCACCGAGGCCAGGGUCAGGGUUUGGUUCAAGAACCGCAGAGCCAAAUGGAGAAAGAGAGAGAGGAACCAGCAAGCCGAGCUUUGCAAAAAUGGCUUUGGUCCACAGUUUAACGGCCUCAUGCAGCCCUACGAUGACAUGUACCCCGGCUACUCUUACAACAACUGGGCAGCCAAAGGCCUGACCUCCGCCUCCCUCUCCACCAAAAGCUUUCCUUUCUUCAACUCCAUGAAUGUCAACCCUCUGUCUUCUCAGAGCAUGUUCUCCCCUCCAAACUCCAUCUCCUCCAUGAGUAUGUCUUCAAGCAUGGUACCCUCCGCGGUCACGGGGGUCCCCGGCUCCAGCCUCAACAGCCUGAAUAACUUGAACAACUUGAGCAAUCCCUCCCUGAAUUCUGCAGUGCCAACGCCAGCCUGUCCUUAUGCUCCUCCAACACCUCCUUAUGUAUAUAGGGACACGUGUAACUCCAGCUUGGCGAGUCUGAGACUUAAAGCCAAGCAGCACUCCAGUUUUGGCUAUGCCAGUGUGCAGAACCCAGCUUCCAACCUGAGUGCUUGCCAGUACGCUGUGGACAGACCCGUGUGAGAUACACGAGUAUUAAACACUGCAUGGGAAUCCCUCCCCAUUUCCCACAGAGACUGAGAAUUACACUAGAGAGUAAUGGGCACUAUAGGGAAAGAGAAAGGAGGAAAAAAACAGAGGGAGAGAGGAAAAAGAGAGAGAGAAAAGGAAACCACUGAAAUAAGAUAGUUCCUUUGUUUUCAAAGGACCUCCUACAGAUUCGGAGAUCUUUCACUAAGAGUAUUUCAACAGUUACAAGGACAUAUAUAUAUAUAUAUAUAUAUAUGGACAAAUGUUUGACUGGAUAUGAUAUGACAUUUUAAUGUUACUAUAAGCUUGUUAUUUUUUAAGUUUAGCAUUGUUAACAUAAAAUGACUGAAAGGAUGUAUAUAUAUCGAAAUGUCAAAUUAAUUUUAUAAAAGCAGUUGUUAGUAAUAUCACAACAGUGUUUUUAAAACGUUAGGCUUUAAAAUAAAGCAUGUUACACAGAAGCGAUUAGGAUUUUUUCGCUUGCGAGCAAGGGAAUGUAUAUAGUAAAUGCGACACUGUAUGUUUCUAACAUAUAAUUAUUAAAAAAACAUUGUGUGAAUAUCAGUUUUAGAAUAGUACCUCUGGUGGAUGCAAUGAUGUUUCUGAUAUUGCAAUGUAAAACAUGCCCUGUGUAUAACAUUUCGUACAAUAUUAUUGUUUUACUUUUCAGCAAACAUGAAAAAUGUGUUUUAUUUCAUGGGAGUAAAAUAUACAGCAUACA